AUGCCCGGCAAACAGUCAGAUGAGGAACAGGUGGAGACGGGGGCUGCGGAGAACUUGGCCGAGGAGGACCUAGGGGGUCUCACGGCAGAGGAGCUCCGGCAGGGCCAGGAGGCAGCCCUGGAGCUAGAGGACAUGAUGGCGCUAAGUGCCCAGACCCUGGUCCGAGCCGAGGUGGACGAGCUUUACCAGCAAGUGCGUCCCCUGGGCCAGGGCCGCUUCGGCCGGGUCCUGCUGGUCACCCAUCGCCAGAAAGGCACUACCCUGGCCCUGAAGGAACUCCCAAAGGCCUCCACGUCUCUCCGCGGCUUCCUGUAUGAGUUCUGCGUGGGCCUCUCGCUGGGCACACAUUCGGCCAUAGUAGCGACCUACGGCAUCGGCAUCGAGUCCGCCACCUCCUACAGCUUCCUGACGGAGCCUGUCCUGUGUGGGGACCUCAUCACCUUCAUCCAGCCCAAGGUGGGCCUCCCGCAGCCUGCCGUACAGCGCUGCGCGGCUCAGCUGGCCUCAGCCCUGGAGCACAUCCACUCCCGCGGCCUGGUGUACCGGGACGUCAAGCCCGAGAACGUGCUGGUGUGCGACCCUGCCUGCCAGCGGGUCAAACUGACCGACUUCGGCCACACGCGGCCCCGCGGGACCCUGCUGCGCCUGACCGGGCCGCCCAUCCCUUACACGGCCCCCGAGCUCUGCUGCCCCCCGCCCCUACCCGAGGGCCUGCCCAUCCAGCCUGCCCUGGAUGCCUGGGCGCUGGGGGUCCUGCUCUUCUGCCUCCUCACCGGCUACUUCCCCUGGGACCAGCCCCUGGCGGAGGCCGACCCCUUCUACGACGACUUCCUCAUCUGGCAGGCGUCCGGCCAGCCCCAGGACCGUCCGCAGCCCUGGUUCGGCCUGACGCCGGCGGCGGACAGUCUCCUGUGGGGGCUGCUGGAUCCUCGCCCCCGCAAGAGGAGCCCCGUGGGCUCCAUCCAGGACUACCUGGGGCGUCCCUGGAGGCAGCGGGAGGGGGAGGCUGAGGAGGUGGAUGAGGGGGACGGACAGGAGGAUGGAGAGCGAGCGGGCACAGCCUGA